UCACGUUGACGACAUAAACAAUAUGGCCGAACAUGACUAUGGAUGAAUCGCUGAAAUGGUUUCCUAUUGUAAUUUUACUGUUUAUUGUACAGUUUCGACUGGUAAAUAAUGUUGCACAAACGAAGACGAAAGCGCUUCGAAAUUUUGAUAGGUAUGAUGAUAAAAAGUAUUAUGAAGACAACAUAAAAUUGGCCAAUUACGACAGAAGAAAGCGGUCUCCGUCCAGAAACUUGGAUGACGAAGAAAUUGAUAGUGUAUCUGAUAAUUUAAGAAAGAAAGAAGCCAAACAAAAACGACAUCAGAAAAAACACAGAAAAGGCAAAAAGGAAAAAGAUGAUGAUGACAAAGUCAAAGAAAAGAAACUGUCAAAGGCUAUGACGUCGGAGGUGGAGAGAGAAUUAGGAUUACAUGGAGAUGCAGUGGGGAAUCCGUGUGUUGCCAGUCCAUGUGCCCAUGGAGGGACCUGCACAUGGAACAGGGAGGGACAACCUGGCUUCCGGUGUGACUGUAGACUAGGCUUCCGGGGGAAGCGAUGUGAGCGAGAGAUCGAGGAGUGCGAUUCUCUGCCGUGUAAGGAGCGCGGGGACUGUGUGGCCACGCCCAAGGGAUUCCUUUGUUUGUGUAAGGACGGCUACGGGGGCAAGUUCUGUGAGGUCAGCAAGAAAACUCACACUCUUGUGCCAGAAUCCUAUAGACGUGAUAGUACUGAUGGAAUGAACAUUUCGGGGGACACCCUCAAAACAGUCUACGUCAUUGUGGGAGUGGUCGGGACAUUGCUGGGCGUCAUUGUCCUGAGUUUGUGUAUUCACAGCUGUCGAGUGUGGAACGAGAGAUUGAAGCAUACUAAAAAAUGUAAGAAUAUUAUUGAAAAUGGUGGAUCUAUUUCUGAACUUCCACCGGAUGUUUGUGAAAUUAGCAACGCCUUCUGUCGGGAGUUUUGGUGCUGCUCUUGCAUUGACUUACAAGGGCAGACAAAUCAGUAUGAGGAACUUCUCGAAGAAUUCAGGAACAAUCCCCGAGCAGAUUCCCCGUUUCCUAAAAUGAACUACCCACAGAGGCUAGUUCAGUCGGAAGGAGCUCUUCCAAAAGCUCAUGGGUCCUACAGGUCCUUUAGAUCUCUACCGCCAGAACUGAAGAGUUUCACCAAAAGACCGUCAUGGCUGCCAGAUGUAGAGCUCUCCAAUGACGAAGACUCCAUGGACUCGGUUAAUUCACCUUUACAUUCACGAACACGUCCAAGAGGGUCGUCACCAUCUCGGAAAUCUUUCGGAACAUGUCGAGAUUUGCAGAUGCAAAUGGCACAUGAUGGGAUACUUUCGGAGGAUUCGCUUGAGCGCAUGGAGACCAUCGAUUCCUAUCCUCAAAGAAAUACUCCUAACAGUGGGGAUGUGUCUCCCACUCACCACACCUCCGACUCGCCCCAGCCCUAUCGCCACUGCCAAACCGCACACAGUCUGCCCUACAAUCCUCACCGGUCCUCACAUAACUCUCCGAAUCGCCAUUCCCACCAGUCAGUCUUCGACAAACGAGCUUCAGUACGGAGCAUUUUGAAACAUUUGUCACAAACACAUCCGCCACUCCCCCAUCUUCCCUCUGACCAGUCGGUGUCGUCAAGUACAUUCUCAUAGCCUUACUUAAUAACCAUUUUCCCUUAAUGUGAAUGAGAUCUUCGUAUCAUCAAUAUUGUAUAAUUAACAUCACAAGGACCAAUGUUUCUACUUUGUCGAUCGACAUAACAUAUGCAUGAGGCGGUCAUUAAGGAUGCGACUUCGUAAUUGGGCCUGAAGAAAUGUCACACUUCAGCAAAAAACAUGUUUCAAUUGCAGUUCUUAUUUUGCUUCUUUUUAAAUUAACAAAGACGCUCCUAAGCAAUAAUUUUUUUUGUAUCUUGAUUUUUUUUGUGUUUUUGUUCUUAUUUGUGUCUUUUUUAAUGUAUUGAAGUAGGUGAAUUUAUAAAUG